AUGGACGUCCAGACGCAAAAGAACCCUCCGGUGCCAGCCGUCCACGCCGAUGCCGCAAAUGCUCCACCGAACCAAAGUUUGCGACCGCCGCGAAAGCCGUCGCCCCCCUCGGCCAAAGGGAGACGCUCGCCAAACUACGUGCACACGCAGGCUGCAUCGCCCGCAAUCAUCUCGUCUCUCAUCGACCAGCUGUCCGCCAUUUCCGCACCGGCGCAUGACCACUUCGAGAACCUCCUUGUCGGCUACAACAACGGCCAUCCGGCGUCGGCGAAGACCAGCAUACACACGCAUUCGGCCAGGAACUCGACUGCAGGCCAUGAUGGGAGCUCAAUCGACCAUUCUGUGUACAGCAACUCGCUAAGGGAGCAGAACGACACCUUCCCCGACGACGCGUGCGAGCCGCCAGUCAUCCGAACCUCCAAGCCACCCUCGGGCUUCUCCCCCCUCACUGCGCCAAAGAAGAAGGACAAGUCGCAUUCGUUGAGUGGCUACAUCGGAAGAAGCAGUGGCAGCUCUGCAUCGCUGCACUCGACACACUCGAACCACUCUGCGGUGAGUAUAGGCAACAUCAGCAUCGAGGCUGGUAUUCCCAGGCAACCCUCUGGUGGCAGUGCGAGAUCUUCGUCGGAGAGCAAGAGGAGUGGGAAAGUCCACCGAGGCCUCAUGUAUAUGAGCUCGCGCGAGCGGCUGCGACAGAAGGAGACGGAACGGAAACGCCAUACCACACACAACUCAGAGGACGCCAUGGCACACGACUCCCCGCGCAAGAACAGCGUCCCAUUGUUUCCUUAUGAGGACACGAUCAAGGAAGAGCCAACGUCGAGAGAGGAGGACCAACCUUUCCCCGCGGAACCUUCCAGAUUUGCACAGCGAUACCCUGACAGGAGUAACAGCCCCCGCCGACUCCGCAUCAACUUGGUGGAUGGCCCUGAAGGCGAAAGUCCCUCAGAGCAAGGCAUCAUCCCUGAGCGUGGCUCAUCCUUGAAGCAUGCCGGCAGCCCUACACGAAAGAGCCGAAAGAGUCGCGCUAGCGGCGCUAAUCGCAAGGAACAGCAAAAGCCCGAGGUAGUCGCAAAGGAGCCCGAAAAGUUGGUCGAAGCAGUAGUGACGAAAGAUAAAAUACUGAAGGAACUGGAGGAAGAGGAAAACGAGGUUGCACAAAGGAUACGUGAGCUCAGGGAGCAAAAAUUGCGUCGCGACUUGCUGGCCGGCAAGCAGCCUGUUGGUAUUGAUGCAGGGGUCCAGGACCCCACCAAAGCGCACAAAAUUCUUGGUAUUACCAGGGAAGAGGCAGGAGCAGAAAAGCCAAUUGAUGCCGAGAUAGUGGUCGACAAGACUGAAGCGCGCAAGCCCGCACCUGCACCCAUCACGAUCUUCAAGUCGAACGCUUUGCGCCACUCGAGACACAGAAGCUUGACCGUAAAUGAUGGCGACGAUCUUACCCCACUCCCGAUCAACUACAAUCUCGCUGUCCAAAAAGCCGAAGAAAUUUCACCUCCAACGCCAACAAUAGAAGUGCCGCGCGCGAGGUCACCUCCGCCACCCAGUAUCAGUGUCGCAUCAAGUAAGGAAACGAAUUCCAGUGUCACUCUGACCAGGCGCUCGAGCUCUGCGGCGACGGUAGGUGGACGUUCUGCGGUCGGGCGCAGAGCCACUUCCUCAACACUCAUGGGAACCACGAAAAGCCACCAGCACUCUUCGAGUGUAUCGGAUGGCAUUGACCUAAAGCCGCCAUCCGUCCGUUCUGCCAGCGCAGAUAUUGGUGCGAGGCAUCACUCCAUGAUUAUGCCAUUGUCGGCACCCAACAGUUUUCAGCUUCAGCGUAAGAAAACCCUCACGAAGAAACGCUGGUCGCAUCCAGACUUGCCGGCCAAAGCGGAGAAAAGACACAAUGACAAAGUCGAGAGAAUGGAACAAGAAGCGGCCGCUUUAGGUGUAGGAGCAGUACAAAGGCCUCCUCGGCCCAUCGCGGAGGAGCGCAUCGAGGAGCGACCUGCAAGUGUGGAUUCGAUCGACCUCGAGGUGGACAGCUAUCUCAACUCGUCGCGUUUGUCGCAAAAGAUUCGCCACCCGCAAACAGGCAGAGUGAUAUCCUUCUCAGAGGUCGGUGAUCCCAGUGGAUUUGCUGUGUUCGUUUGCGUUGGCAUGGGGUUGACUAGAUAUGUCAUGGCCUUCUACGAUCAGCUGGCUGCUACAUUAAAGCUACGGCUCAUCACACCAGACCGGCCUGGAGUUGGAGGGAGUCAGGUAGACCAGACUGGGACUCCUCUCAGUUGGCCAGGUGAGUUCAUGCGCAAGCGCAUUCCAAUAAGUGACAAGACUAACUUGCUUCUAGACGAUGUCCUAAUCAUCUGCCAAGCUCUCAAGAUCACGAAGUUCUCCAUGUUGGCGCAUUCUGCAGGAGCGAUAUACGCUCUCGCAACGUCACUGCGAAUGCCUCAACAUAUCCGAGGGCGUGUGCAUCUACUGGCACCAUGGAUACCGCCAUCUCAAAUGGCGCCAAUAGGCCUCAGUCAGGACUCUCCACCUACCCAACAACUUCCUCGAUCGCAGCGCUUCCUGCGUGCUCUUCCUCCUUCCCUACUGAAGGUUGCCAACUCCACCUUCCUGGGUGCCACCAGCGCAAGCUUGCAACGAUCAGGUCCAAAGAACUCGCCAAAGACUAGACGGAAGAGCAUAUACCCCCAGACUGUGACCGCAGAAACACAACGUCCUUCACUGAAGGAUAACCGUCGUGAGUCGAUGAUGCUCAUGGAUCAAGUCCUUCCGCAUGCAAGCUCCAUGACAUUAGCUCCGUCGAGUGGCCCGGACGCAAACUACGAAGCGCAACAACGCCACAAAGAGCAGCUGACGCUAGCUGAACGCGAGCAUCAGCGUGCAUUCGACGAGCGCCUUACUUUUGCAAUUUGGGACCGCGCGACCGCCCAUGCCAAUCCCGCUACAGAUCUCAUGGUGUGUCUCGAGACUAAGCAGACUAUUGGUUUCCGCUACGAAGACAUCAACCGCCCUGUCGUUAUCCAUCACGGCAGCAAGGACUCUCGUGUUCCGGUGGACAAUGUACGCUGGCUCGGCAAGUUGAUGCGCAAGUGCGAGGUACGAAUCCUGGAAGGCGAACAGCACGGCCUUAUGGCCAGCGCGCAGGUCAUGGGCAACGUCCUGACCGAAGUAGCGAGCGAAUGGGAAGAUUGGUCUGCUGUCGUUCAAGGCAAGGGUGAUCAUCGCUCGCUUUCCAGAAGAAGGACGGCAGAACGACUGCGCAGUACCGUGUCGCGAGACGACAUGAGGUUGACGACGCACUGA